AUGUUAUCCUAUUUACAACCUCAACUUGGAUCUGAUCCUAUGCUUGCCAUCUGUUCGACAUCUUCCGAUGAAGGAAAUAAAUCGUCAUAUCCCAUUGAAGAUGAUGCUGAAGGCAUCUUCAAUCCCCCAACAUCUUCAUCGUUGUCACGAAUGCCGUAUCAUCAUCCUCAUCAUCGAUCACAAGUACCUUUUGUCUACGGACAUACGCCAACACCAGCGUAUGGAUUUGGCUUUGGUCUCUAUGAUGACAUGUCACCGUUUUCAGAUGCGAGUCGAACACCAUAUUCGUUCAUCCAUACAACAAAACGUGCUGAUCCGAACAUCGAUGUUAAACUUGACAAUUUAGAUUUGUGGAAACGUUUCGCAGAAAUGAAUUUAGAAAUGAUUAUUACAAAAAAUGGAAGACGAAUGUUUCCAACGUAUAAAGUCUCCUUAACUGGUCUCGAUCCAACGAGUAAAUAUAUCAUUUACCUGGAUGUCGUACCCGUUGAUAAUCACCGAUAUAAAUAUCAUAAUUCUCAAUGGAUGAUUACGGGUGCAGCUGAGCCACACAUGCCGGGACGCUUUUAUCCUCAUCCAGAUAGUAACUCCACAGGAGCACAAUUGAUGAAACAACCAUUGUCAUUCAGUAAAGUUAAACUAACCAAUAACACUGCUGAUCAAAAUGGACAUAUUCUAUUGAAUUCUAUGCAUAAAUACAUUCCACGUCUUCAUAUAAUUCAAGCAAUAAAUCCAUCGAAUAAUGAUGCGAAAUUAUCUAUGACACCGUUUGAUAAUGUUAAUGUAUUCGUGUUUCCAGAGACUCAAUUCAUUGCCGUAACUGCGUAUCAGAACGAACAAGUUACUCGGUUAAAAAUUGAUCACAAUCCCUUCGCCAAAGGUUUUCGUGAAAAUAAUGGACAUGCUACACGAAAAGAUGCAAAAAAUAUCAAACGACAUAUUGACGAUGAUUACAAUCGAAGAUUGAAAUGUGACGAUUUAUAUUCCACACCUGAAUCAUCAAAACGAUGUAAAUCAAGUUCAGGAGAAGAAGAUCAUACUCCUCCUUCUCGUACUGUACCAACAAGUAGUACAGUUGAUGUUCCUGAUUCCACCACUCCAUUUGCAGAUCUUUAUGAAAAUCAAUUUCCUUCGCAUCAAACACAUUUCUAUGAUCCAAAUAUAUACUCUUCACCUUAUUCUCGUUUCACUCCAACAUAUCCAUUCACUUAUUCACCAAUGGCACCGACUUCUUCGACAAAUCCAUUUACUUUAGCAGCAGCAGCUGCAAGUCGAUAUUCUUCUCCAUACACAUUUUCUUCACCGUACUACCAACAUUCGACUUGA